AUGGGGGACGAGUCCAAGAAGCACUCCAAGAAGAAGCAGGACAAGAAGAAGAAGAAAGCGUCGAGUAGCAGUGCCGGUGGCGGCGGGGGCACGAGCCCAAAAGCAAAGAAGAAGAACAAGAAGAAGGCCCCAGCCAAGAACCCAAUCACCAUUGAGCUGGAGCGGAUUCGAAUGCUGGAGAAGAACCCAACGCUGCGGUGGGAACAUGCCAAACAGGACCCGGCAAAGGAGGUGGAACGGCUGAAGAAGUACAAGGAAGAGCGCAGGCAGCGAUAUCGAGAGCACCGCAAAAAGGUGGUUGAAGCCGCAAAAGCACAGCGAGGACCAACCUUCUCGUUGCGGCCGCCAGCAUGA